UCCAAAACCUUUUGAUUCUUCCCAAGAGGAAAUAUGGAGCCACUGAAUCCCAUCAGAAGCAACAAAUGGAGAAAAAGAGAGAAUCAAAAUCAGCGUCCCAAAUCAAAAUCCUUCUCACUCUUUAUCCUUCUGUCUUGCUCUCUUCUUCUUUUCAUUACGUACAAGCGCCUUCUUCCCCCAUCCGUGCUUUCAAUUUCAGGUAAUUCCGAACAAGUCCUCGUUCCUCCACAAUGCACAAGUUCAGAAGAAUUCAGGGGAGAAAAGUUCCUCUGGUACGCACCUCACAGUGGCUUCAGCAACCAGUUGUCGGAGUUCAAGAACGCGAUUCUAAUGGCUGCGAUUCUCAAUCGAACGCUAAUUGUGCCUCCCAUUCUAGAUCACCACGCUGUUGUUCUCGGUAGCUGCCCCAAGUUUAGGGUUUUAAGCCCUAGUGAUCUCAGAUUUUCUGUCUGGAAUCACUCUCUCGAUCUCUUACGAAAUCAUAGGUAUGUUUCCAUGACUGAUAUAAUAGAUAUUUCAUCAAUAGUGUCUGAUUCAACAGUUAGUGUCAUUGACUUCAGAGUUUUUGUAUCUAAGUGGUGUGGUUGGAGCAUAGAUGGUGUGUGCCAUGAGAGUUAUCGGACUCGCCAACGUGGUGGGAACAAUUUAGGUCUUGAGCGUACUUUGUUUGAGGAUAUAAGGAAAUGUGGGUUGUUACUGUCUGGUUAUAAUGGUAGUAUGAGUAAUUGUGUGUAUGCUGUAGAUGAAGAUUGCAGAACAACAGUUUGGACAUAUCAAAAAGAUGUUGAAGAUGGGAUUUUGGAUCCAUUCCAACCAGAUGAUCAACUUAAGAAGAAAAAGAAAAUUUCUUUUGUUAGGAGAAGAAGAGAUGUAUAUAGGGCACUUGGUCCUGGGUCUGAAGCAGAAUCAGCCAAAGUUCUUGCUUUUGGAACCCUCUUCACAGCCCCAUAUAAGGGCUCUGAGUCGUAUAUAGAUAUCCAUGAAGCUGGAAAAGAUCCUAGGAUACAGUCCGUGAUGCAGAAGACUGAGUUUCUUCCUUUUGUCCCUGAAAUUUUAGAGGCUGGGAAAGAGUUUGCUCUUCAGAAAAUUAAGGCUCCUUUUCUUUGUGCACAACUUAGAUUACUGGAUGGGCAAUUUAAGAACCACUGGAAAGGGACGUUUCUUGUGCUGAAGCAAAAAUUAGAGUCUCUGAAACUGAAUGGUCCUCCACCGAUUCAUAUUUUUGUGAUGACUGAUCUUCCAAUGAGUAAUUGGACAGGAACCUACUUGGGCGAUUUACUCAAAGAUUCUGAUGCUUUUAAGUUAUCUGUUCUAAGAGGAGAUGAUAAUUUAAUUGUAGAAACUGCUAACAAGCUCAUGGAUAUUGCCCGAGGGAAGAAUUUGGAGUCUGUUUCUAAGAGGUCAUAUACGGUAGAUAACCACUGUGAUCCCCAGUCAUUUACUGAUAUAUUGUUAUAUGUAGAACAAACAGUUUGCAGCUGUGCUUCGCUUGGCUUUGUCGGCACUACUGGAUCAACAAUUGCAGAAACUAUAGAGUUGAUGAGAAAAUAUAAGGCAUGUUCAGGCUGAAGCUUUUUGGGGUAUGUAUCAGGCUGAAGCUUUCCUAUCACAAUUGCUGACUUCCUAUUAAUUGGAUUGAGAUUCGUUGAGAACUUCAUCAGCGUACCUGGGAGUCAAGCGUCACAUCAUGCAUUCAGUUCACCCUUGGAAACCAAGUUGCACUCCUUGGCAUUGUUUUCUUUUAUUCAUAAUUUGGAAAUCUGAGCUCUUUCAAUUGGUUGUGGAAAUGGAGGAUGAAAUUCGACAAUCCUGCUGGUUGGACUGAAUCGAAUGGAGUGUGGAACUGGGAAUUUGCAAUAUUGCAGAAUUUGUGACAUAUUGAUGGAGCGAUACCCACACGGGUUAUACUUGUCAGUUUGGUGAAAAAGUUCUCAAGACUGCAGCAAGUUUGUCUUUACCAAGUAUUAUGGUGCUCAAUAGAUUUGAAGUUUAAUUUUUCGCCUGCACACAUGAUAAACUCUUAGAUGCAAAUGUUUGAAGAAUACUUUCUUAAUUCAACAAUCGUACCUGCUCCUUGAUACAAAGUAUCAUGUCUAGUGACUUCAAAGGAGAUAACAGAUGCAUAAAUAAGACAUAUUAUGUGGGAACCAUGGUUCAUUGACGAUUUUUUUUUUUCACAGUUUUACACAUUGAGGGCAGCCAAGGGCUGCAUGAUUCAUUUUUUGGCGUACUUUGUAUUAAAAGUGGUACCCUCUGUUAGAAUUGAAGUGGAAAUCUGACUAGUGUUGAUUGUUCCUUUUAUCCAUCUUCCUAAACUUUCAUAGAUUAGUUUGCAGCAAACUUGAUUGUAUCUUUAUUUGAUGUUUCCUUUUCUGAUAUGAGGUCAUAAAUAGUUGUUAUGAA